CGCGAGAGGGCGGUACCACGGCGGCCGCGACAUGGGGGGGCGCGGAGCGGACGCCGGAAGUCGCGGCGGUACGGGUCCCACCGAGGGGUACUCGCCGCCGGCAGCGUCCACCCGCGCCGCGGCCAGAGCCAAGGCCCGAGGGGGUGGGCGUGGCGGCCGCCGCAGCGCAGCCCCGUCGGUUCCCUCCGCUCGCGGCGCGGCCCCGCGUCGCUCCCCUCCACCGGCUGCCAUGAGCGAGCGCCUCCGCCCCAGGAAAAGGAGAAGGAAUGGCAAUGAAGAAGACCACCAUCUUCCCCCGCAGACCAAAAGGAGUAGUAGAAACCCUGUCUUUCAUGAUUCCUGGGACACAGAGUCUUCAAGCAGUGAUAGUGGUGGGAGCAGCAGCAGCAGCAGCAGCAGCAGCAUCAACAGCCCGGACAGGGCAGGCGGGCCGGAGAGCAGCUUGAACCACACAGCUGCUGGGUCCGGCCCUCACACCCCUCAGCCUGUUCCCGAGCAGUCCGCACUGUGCCAAGGCCCUUACUUCCACAUCAACCAGACCCUGAAGGAGGCCCACUUUCAUAGCCUACAGCACCGAGGACGGCCUCCAACAUGAUGUGCCGGCAGUUUCUUGCCUUCUGUGAAGGGACAGCGCUGUGCAGAUUUGAUAUUUCAACUUAUGAUGUUUUAAAAAAUUGCACAAAAAUAUGCCUGUUGGCUUUUCAGUCUAUAUUUGAAAUAACAGGUUAACAGGCAGUUGUUUACUUGUGGUUUUGCUGCACUAUUGCAAUUUCAAAGGGGCUUUGAAGCAAUUUUUUAUAGGAUUCUUUUGAGGGUGGGUAUCGAAUCCAUGUCAAGGUAAUGGUAUGAGGAAAUCUCAUCUGCGUGUUGAAUCCAUAGUUUGUCCAGUUCAGAUUGAUUUCCAAAUCUGUCAAUUAGAAAUUCUACUUUAUGUAUAAAAAGGCCUUUUAAAAAUG